GUUAUCUCACGUUGGCCCACCUUUUUUUAAAAAAGAAGGAUUCCAACGGUCACCAUGGGAAAAAACCGGUCCAGGAGGAACAAAAUGGCUGCUAAGGCGCGAACCAACUUGGAAGGGAAAGAGAAGCUUUCAUCUCAGGAUCUCAGACACCAAAUAACUCUCUCCCAAUCCAGGCGUGAAACACAAGACAAAUCUUGUGAACAGAGUUUCCACUCCAAAGCCCCUAAGAGUUCUCAUCCAAAGGAUUCUCAAGCAGCAACAGGAAAAUUCGACGAGAACUCCCCCAUAGUACGAAAGUUAAUCGGAUGGCUCAACAAGGAAGGAGAGGCCCGGUCCCAAAGGACCGGGAGAGAAACGGGCCAAGAAGAGGAUGAGGAGGCGGAGAGUCAAGGGCGCGUAUCAGUACACAAGAGGAUGCACAGAAAUGCGUCCCAAAGGUUGGGACCCAGAACUGAGGAAUCUGGAGAAAAUUCUGGGGGACACGACAAUGAAGAUGCCGGAGACAUUCUCAAAUUGAGAAAAGAAAUGGAGGAACUAAAGAGGCAGGUUGACAAGGACGGGUCUUUUGGACCCACAGUGGAGAUAAUUUCUCCCUUUACUGCCAGAGUGAUGAAAGCUCAACUGCCCAGGGGUAUGAAAGCCCCUGAAAUCCAUUAUAAAGGAGUCACCGAUCCUAAUGAUCACUUGGCCGCGUACCAAACUCACAUGUUGAUGCACGCCGUGGAGGACGAGAUCCAAUGUCGUCUCUUCGUAGGAACCUUGGAGGGGCCGGCCGUAAAAUGGUUCCUCACCCUUCCUAACAGGACCAUUGAUUGCUUCAAAGAUCUUGCUCAAAUUUUCCUCAACACCUACGGAGGAAGGUUCCAGCCAAAGAAGCACUUCACCCAUCUUUUCUCCCUAAAGCAAAGGGAGGGGGAGACCAACAGUGAAUUGGUACAAAGAUGGAAUGAAGCAAUCAAUGAGGUGGAGCCUAUGGACGAUAAGACUUCCAUUGCUCUGUUCAUGAAUGUUCUCAGGUCGGGAGAAUUGUUCAGGAAGUUAGAUUACGAUACCCCUACUUCUUACAAGGCUAUGAUGGCUAGGGUUAACAAGUUCUGCGCCACGGAAGAGUCGGAUCGCCUGAAAGGAAAGAGUGAGGGAGCCUUGCAAAAAGGUCCCGACAAAUAAAAGAAAGGAGAAAAGGCCAA